AAAAAAUGUAUAUAAUUUCAGUGUAACUGAGCAAAAUGCAAAAAUGUUGCAACCGCCCCCAGCCUUUCCUACUAUACACUUGUAAGGUAGUUCUUCUUAACUUGAGUAUUUUCUUUUUUCAGCUUUUUACUUUUAAUCCACUACAUUUCAGAAGCAAAUGCUACACUUUUUUUUUCACUCUACUACAUUAAUCUGACAAAUGCACCAGGGCUACUACCUUGCAAACGAAUAUUUUACAUAUCUACAAAACAUAAUUCAUUUAUAAUAUAUGAUGAAUUGUUAAAAUUAAGCUGUGUAGUGAAAUAUAAAGUGCCUACUAAAACAUUAAAAUGCAGCUUACACGUUUAUGUAUUAGUAGCCUUUUUCAAAAAUCCAGUAAUAAAAUGUAUAUAAUAAUAAAACUCUGGGGCCAUUAUCCUAUAUAAUGAGUAUUUUUAUUUUUGAUAGGCUACCGUAAGUACAUUUCUCUGAUAAUAUUUCUCUAUUUUGAAUGCAGUACUUUAACUUAAUCGAGUAUUUUUACACUCUGGUAUUGCUAUUUUACUUAAGUAAAGGAUCUGUAUCCUUGUGCCACCACAUAGGUUAUCAACAUACAGUAUUUAAAGCACAAAAUAUCCUUAUUAUAUUAUAUCAAGCGACCCUGGUUGAACUUCCUCUGGUCCAUUUAUUAGAUGUUCUGGACGUUUCAAUCAUAACAUUAAAAUGUAAUUUAAAAGUCAAUAUCAAUGACCUGCUAAGUAGAUUAUUCCAUUGUGAGCAUAAAGUCAAUGAGCACUGGUAAAGGCUUUUUCCGCCUUUAAAGUAUAAUGAGACUUACAUGUCUGGUAGUCACAGUACUGGAUGAAUGUAAGCUCCACCCAGGUGUCAUCUUCACAUAAAACACCGGGACACAGCUGCAGAGACCUUCCCGAGCAAAAGACCACCUGCUGCUCCAGACAUUAUUCCCCCAACCUGAAUCGACCAACCUCAGAAACUGAAAUUCACAUUCAUCGCAUUUGACACAUACCUGUUUCCUGACGGUAGGUCGAGAUGUGUGUUAUAAAGUGUCUUGGUGACAGUUUUCAAGUGUAGUUUUGCCUUUUGAUAUGUUGUAGGGUCGAAAUAAUACAGCAAAUUAGGUAAAAGAAGUUUUCAGAAUAUAUUUUACUUUUGGAAAAUGCAAACUUUAAGUAUUCUUUUAUUCCUCAACAGCCUGCCGGGUCAAGUUUGCAAGUCUGACAAGUAUCACCGGCACCCAGACACAAUGCGUCCUCUCAAUGACAGUGACUUUACGGAUACGGAGGACGUGGCGAGAGACGAGAGUCUGGCCAGGGUGGAGAUCGCCCUGCUCAGUGUCAUCUUCGUCAGCGCCGCCAUCCUUAACACCACCCUGCUGGUCGUCCUGUGGAGACAGCGCAAACAGGUGACCAGGAUGCGCGUCUUCGUCUUUCACCUGUGUCUGGCGGACCUGGUGGUCACUUUCUUCCAGGUGUGUCCGCAGCUCAUGUGGGACAUCACGGACAGAUUCGUCGGGCCGGACCUGAUGUGCCGCCUGGUGAAGUACCUGCAAGUUCUCGGCAUGUUUUCUUCAACUUAUAUGAUCGUGGUGAUGACAGUGGACAGAUACCAAGCUGUGUGCAACCCGAUGGUGAAGUUCCAGCGGACGCGCACGCGACUGAACAUACCUGUGUGCGUCGCGUGGGGGGUUUCUCUGCUGGGCAGCCUGCCACAGAUUUUCAUUUUCUCACAGGUCGAGGUGGCACCCGGCGUGUUUGACUGCUGGGCCAAGUUUAUCCAGCCAUGGGGACUGAAGACUUACAUCACCUGGACCACGCUGGUCAUUUUCAUUUUACCUGUUAUUACAGUUGUUAUUUGCCAAGUGCGCAUCUGCAGAGCCAUCCAGAUCAACCUGUACCAAAAAACUCAGCAGCAGUGCAGCGUGGCUCUCCCGCUGCCGUCCAGAGCCAGCGGCGUGGCCGGCAUGUCCAAGGCCCGGGUCAAGACGCUGAAGAUGACGGUGGUUAUAGUGCUGGCUUACAUCAUCUGCUGGUCCCCCUUCUUCACUGUCCAGCUUUGGUCCGCCUGGGACACAGAUGCGCCAAAAGAAACUGCGACUUUCACCAUCCUGAUGUUGCUGGCCAGUCUGAAUAGCUGCGCCAAUCCCUGUAUAUACCUCCUGUUCAGCGGCCAGUUUCCCAAGAGGCUGGUGACGCUCCUGUGCCGGCGGCAGUCCAACGGUAAGGAUUCAAUGCACGAAGAGGCGACGCUGGUCAGCACAUUGUAUAUGAGCUUCAAAAAUGUCUCCGAGUCCAAAUGAAGGGGACCCCGUUGAACCUUGAGAUGUAAAAGCCUGCAGGAAAAGGCGGCGCGAAGUUUUCGCGCCUUGCUGAACUGCCUCUGAGCUCUGUCUGCAUGUGGACGACUAUUCCUCUGAGCAGCAGAUGUGAAGAUAUUAAGACUUAUAGACUAUCUAUAUGGGUACCUGACAUUUGAAAAUAUGGUAUGUCCUAGUACCAAAAGCAAACCAGAAAUGGGUACCCAUGAGUGAGAACUGCGCUCCAGAUGCUGGAUGUUGAUGAACAAAGGGUGCAGUUUUGAUGGCCUGCAGUGCCAAUGCUCUUUGGUAAAGCACCAGUAGAGAAAAAGAUACAGUAAACUGCUGGUGUGGAUCAUAUCACCACAUUGUUUUGACUGGGACAGGUUUGAUGUGACAUGCCUCACAUUUAAAAGAAGGUGGGUUUGGACUUGUAUGUUACUUGUAUUUGUAUUGGCCAAACUGGCCAAUACACAUAUACUGUAGCAUAUAAAAUUAUACUUAAGUCUUUAGAGUUAAGUUCAGAAACCUGAAGCUACAGGAUAUAUUGCAUCUACACAGUAGCUCUAUUUUCUGCAGUUGAAGCUGUCAGCAAGCACAAAUGUGUUUUCUUGAAUAACAGAGAAAAGAAAGUAUGCAGUGCAGUAUGUGCCCGCCUCCCAAAAAACUGUUGUAACAUUGCUGUAAGCUACUUAAAGAUAGUGAAAUACGUUUGUCACUUCUGUAAAUGUUCACUGUGGUCACUGAGUUACUGCAAAAUAUGUUAAAUAUUCUUCUUCUGUGACAAAAGAAAGUG